AUGAUGUACCCUAUAGUGCAGAGUCAUAAUCUGAACCAUAGGCAACCGCAUUUAGCACUCAUUUCGGAGCAGAGGCUGCAUUCCCUUGAAGAUCAGGCGCGUACUUGUGACAGCAAGGAGGAGAAACAGGACGAGAAUAAGGUUGAGAGGCGAUACAGAAGACCGUUUCACCAAAGGGUUAUCACCUAUGUCAGAGAGGCUUGGACUGGGGUCAAGUCAGCCUUGGAUUCAGAACUGGAGGAUCUAGAAACUCCUCCGCGAUACAGACCCGAUAGCCUUGAGGCACUAACCAAGACCACGAAAUUCUCAGAGGUCGAGCUCAAAAGAAUAUACAGGGGAUUCAAAGCUGAAUGCCCCACAGGAAUAGUUAGAGAGGACACCUUCAAGAUGAUUUAUGCUCAGUUCUUUCCUCAAGGGGUUAACAGCAGCCAAUAUGCCCAUUAUGUAUUCAACACAUUAGAUCAAGAGCAAAGUGGUCUCAUAAGCUUCGAGGUCAGUACAUAUGUCCAUGAUGUGAAUAGUAGCCAUAAAGAUUUCGUCCAGAAUCUAUCGAUUCUUUCAAGAGGUUCGCUAGAAGAGAAACUCCGAUGGGUGUUCACCCUAUAUGAUAUCAAUGGAGAUGGAUGCAUAACAAGAGAGGAGAUGACAGAUAUCAUCACCGCCAUAUAUGAGCUGAUGGGAAAAUCAACCAAACCUUGUAUUGAAGAUGAUACAGUGAAUGCAGAAGUUGAGAGGAUAUUUGAACCUGCAGCCAACAACUCGUACGUCAUCAAAAACAUCAGACUAGUGAGAACGAGGUUUGGUGAAGCAAUUGUGGCGGAAUUGGAGGAAGUCAGCGUCUCAUUGCCAAAUAGAGUGGUUGCCAUCAUCAAGGCGCAGCUUCCAUCAUUCACUACGAGGAAAUACGGCCUCGUAGUUGAAUGGUCUGGGAAAAAGGCAUCAACACCCAUAUUCACCGUUGAAGAAAGCGAGAGCAAACAUAACGAAGCACCAUUGAAAGUCGAACUAUUGUCAAUUGUGAAAAAGAAAAGUAUACUGCAAAACUCCUCAAAGCUGAAGAAUACCGGGAUAGCAAUAGCAAACGAUCUCACUGAGCAACAAAGGGAAGAAAAUAAGGUAUUGAAGAAAGGGCUGCUUCACUGUAGGAAAACGACAACUGAAAAAAGUUACAUAAAAGGGAACAAAUUGUACGUGGGAGAUGAGCCAUACACAGCGGAAGAAUUGAUAGAUAUCGAUCUCGGUGAAGACAAAAAGCCGAAAAGUGCUCCUCAAACACCAUCGGAUACCAGAGAAUCUACUAAAAGAGAUACGACAUCGAAAUUUACAGGAGCACCUAUACACACAGGAGAUACCACCCAAAAACUUGAAGAACUUCAAAAAAGGAGAGAAAACGACACCAGAUUGACGCAGAAACAGGAUUUCAAGGUGAAUAAGCCAAAGAAAUCUACCACCAUCGUCCAACAGGCAAGAGAAAAAUAUCCAACCAGAUCGAAUUCUAUUUCUGACAGUGGAAACAGUAAAUAG